AACUAAUUAACUGAUUGGAGAUUUUCAGCCAUUCGGCUUUUCCUCACGAAGUUAUAUUUAAAAGCAGGCAACAGUCUUGAAAAUGUUUUCGACUGAACAGUCGCCUAUCUUAUAGCCAGUGUGAAUUCAACUGAGUUGAAAUAAUGGCAGAUUUGCCGAGUGAUGAUAAAAAAAGUGAUCCUCUGCUCCGAGCCCUCGGGAAAAUUGGCGAAGGAUCUGGAUUUUUGUGGAAAAUUUUUAUCAUAUCCAUUAUCCCAGCAAUAUUCAGUGGAAUGCACGCAGUUUCUUAUGUAUUUACUGCAGAGAUACCUUCUCACUGGUGUGAACUUAAAGAGCUGACCCUAGCAAACUGGUCAAAAGAAAAUGUAAAAAGCAUAUCUUCUGCCAGUUCAUGUACUUUUUAUAAUUACAAUUAUACCUAUUUUGUGGAAAUAGGCUACGCAGAAGCUUUAAAAUACACUAAAGAACACACAUUUCCAGAAUCAUUGAAGUGCACAAAUUUUCUGUUCGGAAAUGAGCUAGAUCGAAAAUCGAUGGUUGAAGAAUGGGGCCUAGUUUGUGAAAAAUCACACCAAAGAGCAACUGUCCAAAUGGCUCUGUCGUUGGGAAAAACAAUAGGAGCCAUUUCUUUCGGUACUCUUUCAGACAAAUUUGGACGAAAGAAGUCUUUUAUAAUUGGCGUUAUGUUAUCGACCUUAUCCGGUCCAUUGAGUGCCAUUGUUCCUUGGUAUUGGGCUUUUAUAUUUCUCAGAUUGGUAAUUGGGUCCAGUCACACUGCCAUAUUGUCUGCCACUUACACAAUAUUAACAGAAGUCGCAGGAAAUAAGCACAGAGAAUGGAUGGGAACUGCUUAUAACUGUGGAUAUCCAAUCGGAACAAUAAUUCUUACAGGAAUAGCAUACUUGUCCUAUGAUUGGCGGCAAAUCCAACUGACAUGCAGUUUGAUACCCUUAAUUCUGAUUUUAUUUAUCUGGUUUCUACCCGAAUCUCCAAGAUGGCUAAUUUCUAAAGGACGUAGGGAAGAAGCAAGAGAUAUUAUUGAGAAAACUUAUGGUAAAAUUAUUCAAGACAAUACCAGGAUUUCUAUAUCUACUAUCGAGAGUACGGUUAUGAAAUCAAUAAAACUGAAAUCAGAAAGAAACAAGAAAAUUAAUUCUUUUUAUAGAAAUUUUCAAAGUUUAAAGCUUCUUUGCUCGCAUCCUGAAUUAAGGAAAAGAUCAGCUAUCAUGUCCUUUUGUUGGCUUGUUGCUUCGAUGGCUUAUUAUGCCUUAGCAUUGAAUGGGACCAACUUUUCUGUCAAUUCAUACUUAUACACUUUUCUACUGGGACUCACAGAAAUACCUUCAUACUUAUUACCGAUACCAUUAUUAAUGGCCAUGGGCCGACGAACUUCAACAUCAUUACUAUAUUUUAUUUCUAGUUUUGCAUUAUUGAGUAUCUUGGUGAUACCAGAAUCAGAAAAAAAUAUUAUUAUGGUAGCUGGAUUGAUGGGGAGAUUUGCUAUUUCAGCAGUAUUUGGCGUCAUUAUUUUGUAUACGUGUGAAUUAUUUCCCACGGUAACACGAAAUACGGCCUUUGGAACAAGUUCAGGAAUGUCACAUUUUGGAAGUAUUUCCGCUCCUCUUAUUGUCGAUAUAUUAGGUUCAAAAGCUUGGUGGGCUCCAAGCACUUUUUGCGCUUUUUUUGUUUUAUUUGCCGGAAUUUUAUCUCUCACACUUCCUGAGACAAAAGGCCGAGAAUUAACAAACACAGUAGAAGAAGAGCUCCAAGAAUCAAAAAAAUUUGAGAAAUCGUUAUGCUGUUGACAGAAAUUGUUGAUGUUGUUUAAGUUUAAUUCGCAUUAUAAAUCAUUUUAAACAUACAUUUAUUAUUAAGCCAAAAUGCAGGUAAAUAUGUUCAAUUGUCAUCAUUCAUUUUAUCGAUCAUCUUGAAGUUAAAUAAAAUUUUCUACUCUUUUUAAACAAUCUUUUUUCUUUUA